CGUGCGCUUCUCUCCUCUUCCCCUGCCGCAGCUUCUUUGCCUUCCUUUUCUCCCCUUGUGUUGUCUUCUGUGCGUAAAACGCUUCGUCGCUCUCCGUGUACCUCCUCUUUCCUGGCCCGAGUCCGGGCCCUGCUCACGCUGACCGUUUGGCAGAAUUACACUUGCUUACACUCAUGCACAGCCUUGAGUCAGCACGUGUGUGCCCAGAGACAGUCGUCUGAACGAGGGUGGUGGGGGCUGCAAGUCCUGAACCAUUCUGAUUGCCUAGCCCAAUGGCAGCCGAAGUGAAGGUGUCUGGGCAGAAUCAGGAGCAGUUUCUACUGCUGGCACGAUCUGCCCGCGGAGCUGCUCUGGCCAGCCUCAUUCAUCAAGUGCUGGAAGCCCCUGGUAUUUAUGUUUUUGGAGAGCUUCUUGAUAUGCCAAAUGUACAAGAGCUAGCUGAAAGUGAGUUCUCACCUGUUUUCCGCCUGCUUACAGUCUUUGCAUAUGGGACGUAUUCAGAUUACCUGGCUGAAGCUGGGAAUCUGCCUCCCUUGACAGAAGCUCAGAAGAACAAACUGCGCCACCUGUCCGUAGUCACUUUGGCUUCUAAGCUGAAGUGCAUCCCCUAUUCUGUACUGUUGGAGCAGCUCCAACUGAAGAAUGUGCGGCAACUGGAGGAUUUGGUGAUUGAGGCGGUGUAUGCCGAUGUUCUCCGAGGGAGCCUGGACCAGCGCAACCAGCGGUUAGAGGUGGACUAUAGCAUUGGCCGGGACAUCCGCAGAGAGGAACUCAGUAUCAUUACACGCACGCUCCAAGAAUGGUGCCAGGGCUGCGAAGUUGUCCUUUCAAGCAUUGAAGAACAAGUUAGCCGAGCCAAUCAACACAAAGAGCAGCAGUUGGUCCUGAAGCAGCAGAUUGAGAGUGAGGUGGCAAAUCUGAAGAAGACAAUUAAGGUAACCACAGCAGCUGCAGCUGCGGCAACCUCCCAAGACCCCGAGCAGCACUUGUCAGAACUCCGGGAGCCUGCACCGGGUACCAACCAGCGCCAGGCUAGCAAGAAGGCCUCCAAGGGCAAAGGGCUCCGGGGCAGUGCAAAGAUCUGGUCUAAAUCAAACUGACAGAACUGCUGGCUGGGGAGUUGAAACAGGUGUCCCACAUCUGGUGCUUUCUUCUUCAAUCCAGAUGUAUUUCUGUGCAACCUUGUCCCUGUGUAAAUGAUUCUGCCUUCCCAUUAUCUUCUUUUUGUGUUUCUUACAGCUGCUUUCCCCUGCUCCUCUCUGGUAAUCUUGUUUGUACCUUCUCUAUUUUGAGUGCUGCUUCUCUCCCCCCCUCUCUCUCCCUCCCUCCCUCCCCCUCCCCCUCUCUCUUUCCUUACUUUUGUUUUCUUGAAUGCAUUUUUAAGGAGCCAUGAAAUGGCUGGUGUUAAAAUUACAUUUGCACCAACAGGAUUGUUGUGGUAGCCUGUGUGGAGACAAAUCUGGCAUCAAAUGGCCGCUUAAAUUUUCUGAGGAGAUCCUGGGACAUUUGCUGUGGGGCAUAUAGUUUGACAUCUCAGUUUCCUGCUUUACUGGGAUCUGUGAAAGGGAGGAGUGUUUGUGUGAGUGUUUGAGUGGAUUGUUUUUAAAAAUAGUAUAAAUAUAUAAAGCAAAUAAAAAAGUACAGACCUAUU